AUGUCAACUCACAUCCACUCCCUCACCCUACGGACCACUUGGCCAGCACACUCCCAAGACGGUUCGGGCGCUGUUUAUGCUUUGGCCGUCCCUAAUGAAGCAACGGGCCGCUGGAUGCUCAAAUUCGGCCACUCAGUUGACCAUCUGCGACGUCUCCGCCAACAUCGUACAAACUGCAAGGGACAGCAGUUCCAUCUUCUACUGGCAUAUCGAGUCCCAGUGAGAAUCUACUUCGAACGCGUCGUGCAUGACUUCUUCGACUUUCAGCACCAUGCAUGGCAGGGGGCUGUAUACUGCUCCUUCUGUGCCCCACUCGAACCGGCUCUAGAGGACCCGCAAAGCGCUGCCGCCCCGAGAAUUCUUCUCUCCCAGCCGAAACGCCGGAAGCUGGCCCAGUGCAAACGUCGUUUCUUCACAAUCACCCCAUCUCCCUUGCCUCCAUCACCAACUUGUCGAUAUUGCCGUUCGCAAAAGACGCCCCGACUAUCCGUGCUCUUACCGGCGAGCCCAUCGACGUUUACAAAGACGUUGCGCAACUUAAUCCCGCGAGAUUGCGAAGAAGGUGUUCGAGGAGGAGUUGAACAAGCUUGCGGGUCAUUUCAGCUCUGGCCCGCCAUAUGGAUGCUUCCCGUCGACAGCAAAUAUGGACCAUGGCCUGCUUCGGGCGAAAUCGAUCUGGUCGAAAGUCGCGGCAAUGGUCUGAAGUACACAAAUCGUGGGGCCAACUAUGUGCAAGGCUCCCUCAACUGGGGCCCAAUCCCAGUCCUCAACAGUGUCGGAAAGUCGUAUUCGUGGUGGACAGAGAAGCGCAAGAUCUUUAGCAGCGACUUCCACACAUAUACCAUGGAAUGGACCGACAAAUGGAUUCGUAUUUCUGUCGAUACACGCCUCCAUACCCUCCUCGACCUCCAAUUCAAGGAACCGUUUUUCAAGCGUGGAGACUACCCGCCCACUGCGAUCGAUACCAAUGGUCACCCAGUACCAGUCACAAAUCCAUGGGUCAAUGGCACAAACGCGACUCUGUUCGACCAAGACUUUUACCUGAUCAUGAAUGUCGCUGUCGGUGGGACGAAUGGGUGGUUUCCGGAUGGUCAAGGAGAUAAGCCGUGGCUAAAUCACGCCGGCAAGCCCAUGUCCGACUUCAUCAACAACAAGCAACAGUGGCUACCGACUUGGCCGGAGAACCUCGAGGAACGUGCCUUGGCGGUGGACUACGUGCGAAUGUGGAAACAUUGCGGAGACCCAUAA